CUGUGAUCUGCGAAUUGAUUUGAACCAAGUGGUCAUGGUGGUGACCUGGCAGUUCGCGGGAGCGCUGUCUGACUUGUCUGUGACGACGUUGUACGAGAUCAUGCAGUUGCGAGCAAAAGUCUUCAUUGUCGAGCAAGCAUGCGUGUACCUUGAUUUGGAUGGUUACGACAAGGCCUGCGUACACGUCAUCGGCACAUCCGCGACUGGAGGCGACGCCAAAAUUGUCGCGUACGCACGCGUGCUGCCUCCACACACUAAAGGAAACUCACAGCAAGUACCCAUGAUCGGACGGGUGGUCGUGGCUCCAGAAGCCAGAGGCCAAGGGCUAGCCUCGGAGCUCAUGGUCAAGGCCAUGGACGUAUGUACUGAACGAUGGCCGCAAGGCGGCAUUGCUAUCAGUGCCCAAGUCCAUUUGGAAUCGUUUUAUUCGCGUCUCGGGUUUCACACAACGUCCGCUGAACCGUACGACGACGACGGCAUCAUGCACAUUGACAUGCAUCGACCGUAGCUAUGAUUUUUCCCAGGGGUGGAUCGAAUAACGUAGAUACUUACCGUAUAACAAAAGUUUGGGGACAUAUGUAGC